GGGGAUGUGGGAAGGAGGCUCCAGGGAGUUCUGUGUAAGAGAGAAAAGGGACAAAUAAAGCGGGAUCGGAGGACAGGGCAGGGAACUACGUCCUUCACAGCCCCGCCUGCUUUCACUGUGUGGACAUUUCAAACCGCUCCGUUCUCGGCCACCCAGGAGAGGUUAUGCAGGAUUAAAUCACCUGCUCCCUCAAGAGUCAUCCCAAACCACUGCUGAGGCCUCAGGUGCUCUUGAGUCUUCACCAGAGGUUAGUGGGAUACCGACGUGGAAGAACGCUGAUCAACAUUAGACACAGUUAAUCGUUUUUCAGUGAGGGUGAGGGGAAAGGCCCAGCCACGGCCCACGAGAGGCAGGCGACUCCUGCAGCGACAGAGGAGAUGGGUAACAAAAACACCAACCUGCCCAAAGGCCCUGAAGCCGCGGCCACACAACCAGACGAAGGACUCAUCAGCAGUGCCACGGAAAGUGUCUCCAGAGAUGAGUCGCAGGGCCCCACCCCAGAGCUGCUGGCCUCCCUGCGAUCCCUCGGAGAAAACAGCGACUACACGCUGCUGCCACACUCCUUGCACCAGAUUGCAGAGGCCUACUCACUCAAACAGGACUACCAGUGGGCCAUCCAGUUCUUACAGCUCGAGAAGCUCUACCAUGAACGCCUGCUCUCCAACCUCACAGUGCUGCAGGAGAACUGGGAAAGCCAAGAGAGGGAGAAGGACAGCGGCGUGCCUCCUGAGACGGACGGCAUGAGCGAGAAACACUUUGAGACGCUGAGCCAGAUGUGCAGAACUCACCUCAGACCAUCCAUCAGUGUGGAACAGAACAAGCUCAACACGACACUACAGCUGCAUCAUGAUGAAGCCAACACGUCAGAAACUACGCACCAGGAGAACGUGAAGGAACACAGCUCGAUUUUGGAGUCAGAGCGUUCAUCACCACAGACGGGCUGUGAGGAGGAGGACGGAGAUACAUGUGAGGAAGGGCAGGAAGUAGAAGAAGAAGAAGAGGAGCAGUGUGAGGAGACACCAGAAGAGGAAGAGGUGAAAGUGGAGUGGCCAACAGGAGUACCUCAGGCAUCAGACAAGGACCUGGCCAAACUGUCCCACAAGGAGGGGAACUCGUCCCCGGACGGUCUGGUUUCCAUCCUGAAAAGGAGGAGAGCGUCGCUGGACGGGUUGCCUCCCCCGAGCAACACUACUAACAAACAAAACUCCAAACGCAAAGUUCGCUUCAGUGAGCCGGAGGACGGGAGCGAGCACGAUGAGGUGGGCGGAGAUUCCUGCCUGAUCCUGCUGUUGCUGUGCCUCGUUACUGUGGUGAUCAGUGUGGGCGGGACUGCGCUCUACUGCACCCUGCUGGACACUUACUCCAACAUCUGCACCGACUUCACUCACAAUGUCGACUUUUAUGUCGUGAACGUGCGGAGGCUCGUGGAAGGGCUCGGCCGCUGGCUGCCCUUUCGGACUUAACACCCUUAACCUGCGUCAUCCAUCAUCCAGACAGGAAGUGCCAACAACGAGCGGCUGAGCGAACAUGACGGCGCAGGGACGACAUGUUUAACGCUUUGAUGACUGAAGAGGCGUUUAAACAAAGAUACUUGUGAAUAGUGAUUAAUAACUACACUGGUGCUUGUAGCAACACCGCACGGUAACGUGCUCCCAAUUUCACCUCAGAAUCAAAACGUGGUGACGUGUGCAUGUAAGCGUUUAUACUUGUUUACUACGCUCUGUGUGGUUGCCAUAGAUACCACACGAGAGGGCUCACGUGUCUGUUUAUAUAAAACAGAAGAAGUUGCGGUGUUUGCUCCGCUCACGUUUGUAGCAGCAACUUUGUAACUUUGGAUCAAUUUGUCUCAUAAGUUCCAGAUUUUUGUUGUUUUAUUUGUACUUGUGUAGAAAAGCUGUCGCUCAAAUCAACAGGAUCAUGUGUGUGUUUUUAGGAUGAUCUACCAAAUAAUGAUUUUCCUGCCCGCCCACAUUUUAUUUCCUAUUACCUUUAUUCUGCUAUCGAUAGUAUGGAGGACCAAAAAUGCCAAAAUAUAAACCCACAUAGAAAUAAAAGACAGAGAAUGAGUUAAUGUGUCCCAAAGCUUCUUUUUGUUCUACAUCAUCAUGCAAAUUACUGCAGGAGUGAUAUUUAUCUCAGUGAUAUCCUGAGUGAAGCAGUGGCAUCAUCUGCAAACUGCUGCAGAAAUGUGAAGUAAAAUUCACAUCGAAAGGGAAUAAAGUUAAAAAAAAUACCUCAAUGAAUGCAAAAUUAAAUGCAAAGCUAAAUAUUAAGGAAAGUUAUGAUUAUUAUAACAAUUAUAAGGAUCUAUGUUUUACUUAAUAUUUUUCAUGAUACUUCAUACCUUUUUGUUUAAGUUAUUAUUUUGGUAGGUUUGGUCCUCCACGGUGUACGGGGUAAUAGCUGUGCGCUUUCCUCCAUUCUUGUGGUUUCUCUUAUUGUAAUAUGACCAGAUGAAGAUGAAAUGUUAGACUGUGCUAGACUAGAACCCUAUUCAAAAUAAUUGCAGCAUUUCAUAAUCCACAGUGAUGAAGCUUUAAAUGUAGAUUGAGGGUUUGAAAGUCUGCAGACUUCUUUGUGGUCAUCGCGGUUUGCCAUGUGCUGGUUAGGAGCUGCCCCACAAUCUCAGGCACUUCCCUGUGUCCAUACUUUAGGUGCUCGAUGUUCUCAUGGUUAUGUGUACAUGUGUACAAACUGAAUCUACUGAAAGAGAGAAAAGGACUGUGUCUGCAUCUGGGACCAGAUCGAGUUCAAAAACAGGCUUUUAUGGAGCAGCAGUUGUGUUUUUUGGCUGGUUCAAGCAACACAACAGAAACACACACCUGUAGACUGUGUUUGUGACUGGAACAUGAAAGCAUGCUCCUUUUUCAUUUCCUUUAUAUGAACAUUUUUAUCUUCUCUUUCCUUUCCAACUUCAGAUGUUACAAAGUGACAAACGCUGCCUCUGUGUUGUCAGUGUGGAUACUGUUUACCAACAAGUGUUGCAUUAUGCAAUCCGCCUUCAUGUUUCUAUGUGUCUGUUUAUUUGUGUCCACAAGGGAACACAAAAGCAAUUAACAAACAAACAGCAACCAUUGUUUUCUUUUUAUGGUUACAACAAACAAACAAAAAAUAAAGAUUUG